AUGCCGACUCCGAGUGACAGCACGCCUAGCUUGACUGCCACGUCGGUCAUCCAGGAGAUUUCCGCUCGCACGACCUGUCCUCCGGAGCCGUUGCCGUCCUGGAGGCAAGAGCUGGAGUCUGCCUCUGUGACCGAACGUGACUCGACUCCCGACAAUGCUCUUUCCCCAGGCGUUGUUUCGCCGCAGCCUGCGUUGUCGCGGGCGGACGAUGCGAUCGCCCGUGCGGAUUCGGAGCCGUUGAAGGUGGAGAUGGAUACUAGUGCUUCUCCCAGCACUAACAUGCACCAGCUUCUUCCCAAUUAUACUUCUUCUUUCUUGCGACCGGGUAGCAAGUUCACUGGCACACAGCAGUCUGAUCGACAGGUUUAUAAUGUCGAUGUGGAAAUCAAGCACGUGGACAUGGCUGAGUCCUACCUUUGCGGUUAUCUCCGUAUCCAAGGUCUUACCGAGGACCAUCCUACCUUGACAACCUUCUUCGAGGGAGAGAUCAUCGGUACGAAGCACACCUUCAAGACCCGAAACGAAUCAUGGGGUGCUUCGGAGAAGACCGACAUGCUUCACUGGGCAAGGUUUCCGGCUUGGCGACCGUUGGCCAAACAAGCGAAGAGAUCCGACUUCACGUAUUGGGAUUUUGCUGAGCGUGACCACAUUUUCAUGCGCUGGAAGGAACAUUUCCUUGUUCCGGACCAUCGUGUACGGACGAUAUCCGGCGCUAGCUUUGAAGGUUUUUAUUACAUCUGCUUCAAUCAAGUGGAAGGGACCGUUUCCGGUAUAUACUUUCAUGCAAAGAGCGAGAAGUAUCAGCAGUUGGACCUCAAACACGUUGAGAAUCACGGCUGCACCCCCGCCAUUGAAUUCCGCUAAUUC